UAUGCCGUUGCUCUCGCAGGGUUCAGACGUGCUGCCCACUGUACACCCUGUUGGUUUAUCCCAAGCGGCCUCACAGCCGGCAGGAUGGCGCAUAAGCAGAUCUACUACUCGGACAAGUACUCUGACAAGCAUUACGAAUACCAGCAUGUGAUGUUACCCAGAGAACUUUCCAAACAAGUACCCAAAACCCAUCUAAUAUCUAAGGAAGAAUGGAGGAGACUUGGUGCCCAGCAGAGUCUUGGCUGGGUUCAUUACAUGAUUCAUGACCCAGAACCACAUAUUCUUCUCUUUAGAUGA